CCGUUGUGGACCUUACUGUUGCUGAUGAUGCCGCCCCAGCGCUUCCUCUCGUCCAGGAACCACGGACGCAGAGGGCCGGCAAGGAGAUUGCCGGUGCCACCUAUCAGAAAGUGAUAGAGUACCCCGUCGGCGGGGGCGUGUUUAAUGAGCUCGUCCCCGGCCACGUCGUCCUGGCCAAGGCCAUGCCGGCCAAAGAUCGGGCUCAUUUGAAGAAGCUCGAGGACCCGAAGAUUUAUGAGGGCGGCAUGGAUCUCCUCGUCCAAAGUGCCUUCAUACUUAUGGAAAGCCAUAAGAGGCAGUACUGGGAGAUAGCCCGCCUGCAAGCGCUGGAGCAGAAGGCUGCCUCGGCCGACGAGGCGGUAGCUUGCCUUGACCGGCUCCGGGAGGAUGCCAAGGCGCUGCAGGCCAAAGCUGAUGAAGCCGUCGCGGCCAGGGACGAUGCCCUGGUCAAACUCGAAGAGAGCAAAAGGGAGCUCGCGGAGUCCUACAGGGUGCUUGAGGUCGAGAAGCGCAGGAGCGAGGAGGCCGCCAAGGCGAAGGCUGAGGCCGAGGCCGCCGUCGUGAAGGCUGCCGAUGAGGCCGUUGAGAAGUUCUUGGCCGAGGGGUGGAAGGCCGAUGAGAGGCUCCCCUGGUGCUACGAAGUGGUGGCCGCCAGGCUGGAGAAUUGGGGGAUGAACUCCCCUGCCGGCCGGGAGUAUUUCAGCCGGGAGAUGUCCGUUU